GGAAUUUCAUUGGGAAAUGCUGUAGAUGAUGGCACGGGUACCAUAAUGCUUGACGACAUAAAAUGCACUGGAAGUGAAAGCAGAUUGAGAAAUUGUCCAAGUUCAAGCUGGAAGGUACACGAUUGCACUCAUACCGAAGAUGUAGGAGUUCUUUGCAAUAAUCUCAGUCCAGUUAAUGGUGGUUGGUCCAAUUGGGCACAAUGGACUACAUGUAGCAGCAGCUGUGGGGUUGGGCUUCAGACAAGAACACGUCAAUGCAACAAUCCUUCAACUCAAUAUGGAGGGAUAUACUGUUAUGGGCUUUCAUCACAAACAAGAAAAUGCAAUACUAAUUUUUGUCCAGUUGAUGGUGGCUGGAGUACAUGGGCAAUGUGGAAUUCCUGCAAUGUAACCUGUGGUGAAGGAAUACAAUUGAGAUUUCGUAGCUGUAAUCAUCCUACUCCAGCAUUUGGUGGCCUAAAAUGCAGGUCAAAGGACUCUGAAACGAAACAGUGCUUCAAUGCAGAAUGUCCAAAGGUAAUUGAUGGCGGUUGGUCGACAUGGACAAACUGGACAGCUUGCACAAGACUUUGUAAUGGUGGCCUCAUGGAGAGAGCACGUAAUUGUGACAGUCCUCCACCGAUAAAUGGUGGAUUGUAUUGCAAUGGUACUUCAACUGAAGCAAAUCUUUGCAACACCGUCUCUUGUUCAGGCAUAGAAACAAAAAUGGUGUUAGCUUUAAUAAUUGGUGGAGUAGCUGUGGUAUGCAUUCUGAUUACAGUUGCCUUGAUGUUGAUCUGUAAACGUGUGGUUACAAGCACGAGAAUACCAAAGAAAGAAAUUGCAGAUACGCCCUUAAAAGAAGAAACGGAAGAGUUGUACAUAUACCAAGAAUCAGACCGGUCGACAAAAACAAACACGGGCUUUAAAGAGGAAACGGAAGAGCUGUACAUAUAUCAAGAAUCAGACCAGCCAACACAAGCCUUCCAUAAUUCAGCCUACAUCAAAGACUACGAUUCCAAGAAUGUUGCUAAACCUGGAGUGGAAUUUGAUUCAUGUGACAUUUAUGAUAAUUGUGAAGAAAGCUGUUAUGAAAAUUAUUAGGACUGAAACAAUUUUUAACUAAAAACGAUUCUGUUUGAUUUAGACAAAAAAAUGUAAAGUUUGGAAUCGGUUAGAGGACACCUUUUCGUGUUCUAUAGUUUUUAGCGUUUUGAGUUUCAUGUUUCAUAUUUGUUUGUCUGUAUAUCAUUUAGGGGCCAGCUGAAGCCCACCUCCGUGUGCGGGAUUUUCUUGUUGCGUUCACGACAAAUUUGUGGCCUAAGGCUGUUUUUCUGCUCUUUGGUCGGGUUGUUGUCUAUUUGAAACAUUCCUCGUUUUCAUUUUCAAUUCUAUCAUUUUAGAUAUUUGCGUUAUAAAACGAGACUAACAGUAAUAACUUCAUAGAGUCCGGAUUUUCCGUAUUAGUUGCACUUUACUCGUCUAAAGUGUAUUGCAGUUACUUCACAGGUUUGUCUUGUAAAAUGAGCGAUAAUCCAAAUUGAACUAUAUUCAAUUGUCCUAUGAAAUUUUGUACAAAUAUAAAAGUGAUCCAAUUGAUGUAGAUAAUUACCGUGGAAUAACCAUUCGUAUUUGUUAUGAAGAAUGCUUUAUUUGUAUUCUAAACAGCAAAUGGCAUGAAUAUUUGAAACUUUCUGGUUUAUUAUGUGAAGACCAAGCAAGGUUUAGAAAAGGUUUUAUAGUUUUUAUACAGAUUAUAUAUUCAAUGUUGAAUUGAUUUAUAUCUGCACGGAGGAAUCCCAUUUGUCUGCGCUGCUGGUGAUAUCGCUCAUUACCUGAUUCUGUCAUAUCCGCAAUGUAACAUAUAACGAAUAUAUCUUGUAAUUGUUUAAGUCUUCCGUAGGGACAAAAAAAAGUUGAUAAGUUCAAGCAUGAAUUCAUAAUUGUAAUCCCAUGAUAAACCAUAUUUAGACAUUUUCCGUCAACAAAAAUUGCAUCAUCAGAUAAGGUUUUAUUCAUUUUAAGUCAAAUCUUUAUCAAAAUGAAUAAAAUUUUGCUCUAAAUCUGUGGCAGUCUGUUUGGUUCCAACUAAAUUACAUACCGUAGUAUAAAAUCUUUCCUGUAUUCAAAAUUAGCUAUCUUUAGAAGGCAUGCGCGACAUCACCGGACGUUUGAAAAACUGUUUAAUUUUGGACACUCAUUACAUAAAAUCUUAACGGUGAAACUAUAUAUAAAGAGAGGAUUGGUGCUCACAAGGAAGCUAUUAAACCAAGAGUUCCAAAUGGUGAAGUUAAAAUCAUCCCUUCGUAAAUUUUACGGACGCCAUCACGAGUUGGUUGACCGUUAUGGAAUAACCGUAUCACAGAUGAUAUCAGAUAUGUACCUUAUGUCGUAACUACAAUACCCUUCCCUUUUCACGAAUGUGACCUACCGAAUUUGACUAUUUCCCGGAUUUGUAAUAACAUAAGCAACACGACGGGUGCCACAUGUGGAGCAGGAUCUGCUUACCCUUCCGGAGCACCUGAGAUCACCCCCAGUUUUUGGUGGGGUUCGUGUUGCUUAGUCUUUAGUUUUCUAUGUUGUGUCAUUUGUACUAUUAUUUGUCUGUUUGUCUUUUUAUUUUUGGCCAUGGCGUUGUCAGUUUGUUAUCGAUCUAUGAGUUUGACUGUCCUUCUGGUAUCUUUCGUCCCUCUUUUAAUGAAAUCAGAGUAUAUCAUGAAUUUGUACACAGAAUAGUAUCCGACUAUUGGUUUCACGAGAUUUCCGAAGUGAAGCUAAAAGUCUUAGGUGGAAAGAUACACCAGACUAUACUGUUUAUUGUUCUUUUGUUAUCUGUCGUUAAGCUUCUUUCACUUUCAAAAUAAUAUAUUUAUGGCAAAAAUAUAUUAAGCUAUACUGAUGAUGUUAAACUGUUGAAAAUAAUAAAAUUUAUGUAUAAUAAUGCAAACGUGUAAAUGAUAUUUAUCAUAUGCUUGUUUUGAUCUUGUUGAUAGGAGAACUGAUGUUCGUUCAUUUGACAUGUAUGAAGUAACUGUAUAUAUAUAUUUUUUAAUUGUAAUUAUAUAUUAUUUUAGCUAAGUCAGCACAAGAGCUACAGGCUGCAUGCCUUGUAUUUAUAUUGUACCAAAAGUCUAUGUAUUUACUUGAUCAAGUCUAAACACGAAUAGUGUUAAUUUUAAGUAUGAUGGUAAAAAAACUAGACAUUGUAAUGAAUUUCCAAUACCUUGGCAGAUUUAUUUCAAAACAUUAUGUUUUGUUUCACCCUGAGUAAUAUAUUGCCUUAGCAGUAUUUGGCACAACUUAUGAAAACUUUUGUUUUUUUAGAUUCGCAUUAUGCUUUUGCUUUCCAACCGUUUUGUUUCGAGUGCCAUUGAAGAGUCUUUAUUAACGAUGAGAACGCGUCUGGUGUAACAAAUCAUCAGCUGUUAUACUCGAUGAAUGUUUUCAAGUACAGGUUCUGUUAAUGAUGCUAAAUCACAUAUUAUUAAGCAAGUCAGACAAGCCUUGUAAAGUGUUUUUAGAAAAAAAAAAAAAAAAAAAAAAUUGACAGUGACAUAACGGUUGUACCUAUCUUAUUAUAUAAUGUAGAAGUGUUGGGUUAUAAAAUUUGUAAAAUUUUAUAGUCAUUCUAUUUGACUUUUUAGAAACAAUUUAAAAGCUACAAACAUAAUUCCACAUUAUGAUUUACUAGGAUUUAGGUAGAACUCCAUUUAUUAUUCCUGUACAUACUAGAAUAGUUGGCUUUUGUAAACGAUUAAUGUGCAGUUAAAAAAAAAAAUUACAAACACUCUAAAUUAAAUUUGUUUGAAUUAAGUUUGAAGAUUUGUGGAUUUCUAAAUGGUUUUUAGAUUAUAAACAACACUUAACAUUAUUGACAGAAUGAGAAGGUAUUGUAACUUUCUAAUAAAAAUUAACUUUGGGUAAUUUUCA